AUGGGUAUCUUCGACCCCUCAUUCCUUUUGGGGCUUGUCAUCCUUCUCUACCUCGCGUCCUUCGUCGUUUUCGCCCUUUUGCGCAUAGCUACCGGUAUCUCCAUACAGCGUAUUGGAUAUUUCUCCCUCAGACGAAUCGCAUACACUCCACGCGAAGGCAUAAAGAUUACUAUACGCGGGCUGGGACUUCACCUUCAUCGCCCAUCAUUCGCUCAGCCAACAUGGAUCAGUCUUCGGCUGGACGAGUUGAAAGUCACUGUGGAUAUACAAGCUUUGGCAGCAUCGUCUUCCAAGAGUCAAGGAACAUCACCAAAUGCAGCCGAAAAGACGGAGAGAGGAUCCUCAUCCACUACAUCACCGAAACCGAUCCUUCGUCGCAGUUUUCACGAGUCAUCGAGAAGUCGAACCUGGAAGAGACUGACUGGAAUCAAGGAAAGUUUGAAGAAACUCCAUGAAAAAAUACAAUGGUUUCGUCUGGUGGACGUCUUCGCAAGAAAUUCGAGCUUUGUUGUCAGCAAUCUUGGCACGUUCGAGCUCGGGACGGUCAUCAUGAUGGUAGAUACAAGAAGGAAAACCGUGGAUAGAGGUCGGCUUUUCCAGCAUAAAAAGAUUCCAGCUGGGGACCAGAGGCCUGCCGAAUGGAUGUUUACCGUUCGAGGUGUUCUGUUCACGCCGGAAGGAAGAGCCUCACUAGAAAUACUGGACAUAGCUACCCUCAACAUCCAUGGUCUUCUUUACAAAGAAUUACCUGGCCUUCGAGACACAUCAAUAUCACUCAAGCUUGGUCGAGUGCACAUACCCUACGAUGACUUCGUCAGCUUUUAUUUGGAAACUCGGAAAUUACAUCAUGAAGGCAGUCAAGAUUCCGGCGAAGCCAAUGUGGAGGAUGGGACUUUCGCGGAUGUGAUUGAAGAGCUUGACCGCCCGGGAAGUAAGCAAGCUGAUAUAAUGCAAACCGUUUCCGACUCCAAAGAGUUCAUUAGCUCUAUUCUUCGUGGCAUACAGGAAAUCCAAUUGGCGAUCAGCUCGGUGGGUAUGACUAAGGCUAUUGCUUCAACUCGGUCUGCCAGCGAUCUUUAUCUUAACUUCUCUAUGAACGAAUUUGGGGUCGAUUUGCACCGUCUUGAUUCGAAGAGCCCUGCGCAUCGAAUGUACUUCUCCCCAAGAGACAUUGCGCAUCAAGCUUUACUAGCCGCCAUUUCGCUCAGUGUUAGUCUCGACGAUGGAACUCAGAAACCGGAGAGGCUUAUGUACGUUCCGAUGGCGACAACAACUAUGAAGACAACCUUACCGUCCAAAACAGUCGCAUUCUCCGAGGAUGGCAAUACAGCGGAGAGGAACGCAAAUAUUUUGUACGCUAAUUUGGUUGUUACCUCGCCGUCAAUCGAUGUGGAUCCCAAGCACAUGCCAACAGCACUAGCACUGAUACGCAGACGACAAGAUCGACAAGACGAAAAGCCAACUAGUAAUGUCAGCUCACAUCAUAUCUUAUCGAGGUUAUUACCUAAGGCAAGCAUCAAGUUUUCUGUUCAUGAGCCCGUUAUUCGGGUGAAGCUUCCACCGGCAGAUUCCAAAUUGAAGGCCUCCGGUGACUACGACCUCCUAAUAAGCCUCGUCUCAUCCAUAUCUCUCGACAUAGAAUCUUCCCAUUCUGCGGCUGGCGAUUUACAUUACAGCCUCACAUCAACUCUGAGGCUCUCUUCGCACCAAUUCUACUAUCAGACUGCGCUCGGAGAGAGGCACGACCUUCUCUUAGCUGACUCUUUAGAGCUAAAGGCUCAAGUAACCGCUGAUCCUACAAUUUGUGUCAUGAUUCUUGGCAACGUGCAAAAAUUCUCUGUGCACAUGAUCAAACCUGAGAUCAGUGCCGGUGUACGCCAAAUAGCUCAGCACACACGCUCUCGGCACUCUGCCAAUCCCACCAAGCUGCCACCUUCUUCGCCGGUCGAUCCCGAUUUCCUGCGACCACUGCCCCUUUGGCUAGCCCAAAUUUCUUUGCAGGGUUCAAAUUUCAGCAUUGAUGUUGCUGGUGUGGACACUGACGUAUCACGAGAUAUAAGGGGAGUGGCUUUGCAAUUAGAAUCUUGGAGCGCCGAGUAUAAACAAAAGCGAUCUGAGUCCCAUGAGAGACCGCCAUCUCGACGGCACCAGGCGAAGGCGUCUACAGCUACCAAUGAGCCCACCAUCACAAUCACAGCUCCUGACGGCUCCCACGCCAACCCUCCUCCAGACAGUACUGAUGGCAGACGACUUGCUGUUCACGUCCAUGGUUUAGAGGGCUUUGCGAUCGACGACAUGGACGUCAUAGACAGUGCAUCUUUCCUUUCUCUUCCACGCUUUGAAGUAGCAUUUUCAACCUCUAGUGAUCACGAGGGUCCUAUCUUCCAUCUGAAUGCCUAUAUGAGGUCGCUCUAUAUUCACUAUUCCCUCUACCGUUAUUACGCGAUUGGUAUUGCUUCUACUGUUGUCCGCGACGCGUUCGCCUUAGAUAGGCGGGCCGUAGAAAAAGAAGGCAGAACCGAAGACGAAAAUACCGCAAACACUUUCACUUUACCAGACCACAAGCCCAGCCAGCCUCACAAACGCGAGCUUGUUACGGUUGACAUUCGCUCCGAGUACAUUCAAGUCAAAGCCAACAUGCCUGCGGAUCCCCCAAUGAUGCUCCAAAUAUUUGGCAUUGAAUGUGGUCAACAUCGCUGGGCAAAGCCUUUCCUACGAUCUCGGCUCCUUCGAUUGUAUGCUGAGGCUCCUCAAUUACGCGCCUUUUGGGCUAGAAUUCUAGUGAUAAAAGCCUUGCGCUUUGACUUGCGCGAAGUCAAAAAGAAACGGGGUCCAUCUACAAUUCUUGAACAGUCAUUUGAUAUUGGUAGCGACUUUAUUCGAAUUGGCGUUCCACACCAGCUGGUAAUGCAUAAGAUUAUGGACAAUUGUGUGAAUGUCAUGAAAGCUACACAACAGCUGCAACACCGCUUUUUGACUGGAACCAACGAAUACAUCCUCAAGAAGCGGCCAGAAGGACCCAAAGAGCUGCCAAGAAUAUCAAUCAGAAGCAAAGCCAUGUUAUUUGAGAUAGAAGAUGGGCCUUUUGACUGGAAACUUAGCAUGAUCUAUCGUAUUGGGCUUAUCGAGCAAAAGCAACGGCUGGCUCGCGAAGAAGCAUUUCGAGCAAAAGUAAGGCAUAUCGAAAAGUGUCUGCGGCAAGGUACUUCACGCCAGCGUAACGCGUCCAACCAGAAAGAAGUCAAUGGCGAGAGAUCUCAGUCCGAAGAUCAAAGGGGGAGAAAGAAAAAUAAUUCGGAAUCAACCAUCAAACACUUUUCUCAAUCACCUCCACGAGGCCGCCGAAAUCGUAUGCGGUAUGACCCUGAAGGUAAAUGCUCUCUCUCUGAAGACGCCAAGAUAUCAAUAGAUGAGGCGGAGAGAAGACUCAGAAAACACAAUUCAGAGAGUUGGAAGAAGCGUAUUGACGGCGCAUACCAAAUUGCCAGCCGGGCAAUGCGCGAUAUCCGUGGUAUAUUUUGGGGAAGCGAUGAGCUUCCCGUGGAUGACAACAAUGAGAGGAUUUUAGCGAUGCCUGAAAGACCUGGGCUUAUGGCCUGCUUGAUCAGUGACCUCCAUGUCGUUCUGGACAAACCUUCAUUCCCCAUUCGUGAAUGUCCAGAGUAUCUUCAUAAGGUUGGAAAGGGUAUGCCUCGCGACAUGCAAUACGCCCUAUUGAUCCCAAUGAGUGUGCAAAUAGAUAUGGGAGAGGCACGGAUCACUUUGCGAGACUAUCCCCUACCUCUCUUACACGUACCGGCCAUUCGUGCCGGCCAGUCGCCACGGCUUCCAAGCUGGUCAUUGAAAACUGACUUUGUGAUUGCUGAAGAAUACCGAGGCGAUGCUUGCUCGAAACAAAUUCCUGUUCAGAUUAUUCCGCCAGAAAAGUUUUUGAAUACCCGGCGCGAGAAGGGAUUUGCUGUGGCUGUCCGACGUACUGUAACUCCGGUCAAGACAUAUUCAGAUGUCAAUGUCUCAAUCAACACAAGUGCCCCAACGAGCAUUACCUGGGGAACGUCGCUGCAACCAGCGAUUCAAGAAAUGAUGAUGGUAGUGGAAGGCUUCACGAAGCCGCAGGUAGAUCCCUCAGAUCGUGUUGGCUUCUGGGAUAAGAUACGGCUGAAUGUCCACUCCAGGGUCAGGGUGGCCUGGACUAGUGGUGGAGACGUUCAUCUUAAUCUUAAAGGUUCUCGCGACCCCUAUGUCGUCACCGGACAUGGAGCAGGCUUUGUCAUGGUUUGGCGUCAGAAUGUACGCUGGAACUUACAUAGCAACGAUGACCCGAAACAAUUCAUGACCGUUGACUCUGGAGAAUACGUUCUGGCUAUCCCGGACUUUAGCCGCCAGGCACGGGAAAACGUAGUUUCGGCAAGCGUUGAAACUGACAGCAUCUCGAGCACUGGUAGCUUCAAGAACAAAGCUCAUUUCAAGAAGACUAUCAUGAAGCUAGGUGGGGAGGUAAGAUGGCUCGCCGGACUAGUAUUUGAAAGAGGUCUAGAUGAUGGCUGCCGUUCUUUUGAAUUCAAACCACACUACGACGUGAUUUUGAAGCCUUCCGAGGGAGUGGACUUGAGAAAGGAGCCCGAUUACGACGCAUUUAAGGGUUUUCGUAGUAAUCACAUACAUCUUUCAAUCGCUGUGGUUGCCCCUUUGAACAGAGACUGGAGGACUACGAAUAUUCAACCUUCGGACUACUACAAUUCGACGCACUUGACCCCGAAAUUCUUCACCCACUUCUUUGAUUGGUGGUCUCUGUUUUCUGGGGCGAUGUCCCUUCCAAUAAGGCAAGGAAAGCUAUUUCCUGGUCUUGAGAAAACCAGUAAGAAGUUCGGGCGACAUUUGGCAACUAUCAAAUACAACCUACUACUCUCCCCGCUUUUCAUCACCCACAUGUACAAGCACAAGGACGUUGAAGAGUAUUCGGAAGAUACUGUAAAAGCUACUGGCUUGAAGCUUCGUCUCGACAGCUUCAUGCUAGACCUUCAUCAGAGGCGCGAGGAAUUCAUAACACAAGGCAAAGGACGGGCUCGCCAAAUCAAAUCGAGCGCAAUGAGAAUCCACGAGGCUCAGCUUGACUUCAUGUCAGCAGAUCUGCGCGCCAUCUCGGCCAAAAUUCAGGGUACUUCGUCCGAGUACAUCACUCGCGCCACCGACGAUGAACUUGCGGAGCUUCGUGAGCCAGCGAUAGAGGCGGACCUGAACAAGUUUAGCAUCCCCGAUCAGAAUUUUGACUGGGUAGACAUGGAUGAUUUCAACGAGCUUGAUUGGAUACUUCCUGCAGAGAACCAUCCCGAGACACAAAUAUUGCCCUUGGCAUUUGCACCACGCUUUACCUAUGUCCGACAAACAGAUCAUCCGGGUUCGCUAGACGCUGAAGAAGGCCGGUCAAGUAAAUUUGGCAACGAACCUACACAUGAUUGCGUGAUGUCCCAUGAGAACGAUCCGCGCAAAGUUCAAUGUUACCUUGUGAAAGGACGAUUGCAAGUGCUAGAUGAACAGAUACAGUCCCAUGAUAGAAAGGCUGGCGAGCAAGAGCUGAAGGUCAUCCGUGAGACCGAAAAUCAGAGUGCCCAUCGUCGUAUAUAUGAUGAGCUACGUGAGGAAGGGCAGAGGUUAGAAGAGAAGAGACGUUUCCUCCAGCAGAUGCUGAAUCGGCUUGGGCAUGCUAUCGAGAGCCAUACUCCAUGGGCGGAAGCUUCAGAAGAUCCUGAUGAUCGUCACCCAGGAGGAACUGAAUGGCCAGGCCCAACGGCAGGAGAAAUCAUCGACACUGAGCUCAACGAAUCAAGCGUUAGCGACUUCAAUAACCGAUUCAUCAUACAUAAUGUACAGCUCAAGUGGAACAAUUCUUUACGGAAUAUCAUUCUACGAUAUGUGCACCAAGUUAGUCAAAGACGAGGAUUCGUAUAUUACAUGACACGCCGGGCGGUCAAAUUCAUCAUUGAUAUCGUGGAAGAGCAGAAUAAAACCAAGCACAGGCGGCAUGGAAAGGCAGGCUCUUCGGCCGCUGGAUCUUCUACGCCCGCCUCCAGUGUCCCCCCUUCAGACAAAGAGGGUGAGUCUUGCGUCGACGAUCGCACCGAGGAACUCAUACAGGACCUUCUCAACGACCCCAAGCGCUUCGUUGAUGCUGAGGACACAAAUUUCAAGGCCGAUGAGCAUCACGUUCCUGAGUCCGGUCAGCCCGAAGAAGACAUCUCCGAGGAUUUCAUGGCGCUCAAAGGUUACCAUGUCCGUCUUAUUGCACCCCAGAUCCAGCUUCAGAGUGAAAAGAAUGCCAAGUCGGUGCUUUUAGUCACAGGAAAGAGCAUACAACUACAAGUUAUUCAGAUCAUGGACAAGGACCGCAUGGCCGACGAUGUCAGCGGUUUGGUGCAGCGCCGUUUUUCAGUCGAAAUGGAUGGCGCCCAAUUCUUUGUUACCAGCGUUGGUAUGCUCAAAGAUCAUCAUGAGAUCUACCUUGGAAACAGGUAUGGGGCGCCGAAAAGUGAUACGUCAUGGCCACCUUGGGUCCCUUUCGAGGCUAAUCUCGACUUUCAUCAUACUCCGUUUGGCUGGGCUCGUGUGGUAUCAAAAACCUCCGCCACGCUUCGCUACGACAAAUACAACACUCUUCGCUUGAAGUAUAACGACGAAGUCUCAGGUGAAAAGGGUGGCCACUCAAACGGACCUGAUAACCCCGAGAGCCGCAUCGAUCAUCUCUGGGUUGAGUUCCCUCACAUUAGAGCCAUAUGCGAUUCCACGCAGUAUUUCACAAUGUAUGUGAUCGUCUUAGACUUGUUACUGUACAAUGAACCACUCGAAAAGGUACGCAGCGAGCGGCUCGAGAAGAUAAUGCUCGCAUCCGAUUUUAGUGAUUUGAGGGGCUCGCCAGAAAUGGUGACUAAUUUACAAGGACGUAUUCGACAGCUUGAAGAAAUUAAAACACACUUUCAAAUACACAAGAAGUACCUAGAUCGGCAGGGUUGGCUAGACAAUCAAUCCAUCGAGCAGGAUCUUGCAGGCUGUGAGGAUGAGCUGUUCUUUAUGAUGAAAGCUAUCACCACCUCUCAGCGGAAAAUUGAUGAUCGCGCUGAGACUUCCCAGAGUAGCCCUUACCUUCAGUGGUAUCUAUCUGCAUCAGAGAUUGUUUGGCACCUUAUGCGUCAAAAGGAGGAACCGUUAAUGGAGAUCCAAUUCAAUAAUGCUCUAUACGAUCGCACUGACAAUAGCGAUGGAUCGAACCACAAUUCUAUGGAAAUCGAGCGCAUGCAUGGUUUGAAUCUUCUUCCUGACGCUAUAUAUCCUGAAAUGCUAGGUCCCUAUCUAGAGAGCGGCAAGAAAGCUAUGGACGGUAAAGAUCCGAAGAUGUUAAAAGUCAGUUGGCAUAGUCUUGAGGCUAUUGCCGGUAUCCCAGUCCUGGACCAAUUUGAGGUUGAUCUCUUUCCUCUGAAGGUUCAACUGGAAAGGGAUAUCGGCCAAAAGCUUUUUGAAUACAUUUUUCCUGGAGUGGGUAAAAAAGACGGGAGUGACGGCGGGUUCUCGCCAUUCAUGCUCAAACAGACUAUGACAAGCAAUUCAGACGAAGAAAAGGAUAGGGCAAACGCAGCUUCGGAACGAUGUCAAGUCCCGAAUGUGACUUUAAAUGGCAUCAACGGUGAUUCACAGCCUCGUACCUCGCCCUCGUUUGCUAUGCGACUUCGACCGACAACGCAGUACCCUGACAAGGAGGGCUGGACGAGCUCGGUAGCAAAUGCUAAGAAACACAGCACCGAGCAUGAGAAGGAGCAUCAUUUCAGACUGUUCCAGAACUCGAAUCAUGCUGGUCUAUCCUCAAAGCUACAAAAACAUCCUGUUAAGCAUCAACCCCAGCAGUCCAAGGACUCGCUGACCAUUCCCCAUCGCUCUCGGGAAGGAUCAACAACAAGCCUUUCUACCAUGGGUGGCAGCAAUUUAGACAAGCAUAAUCGGUUUGGGCUGAAAAGAACAGAUAGCGAGAAGCCUAAUAAAAAGGACCAGCCUUCGGAUGAUCUUAGUCUCAUGCUAUCCCGGGCGUCAAAUUACAUGACUCUCGCCUACGUGAAGAUACCUAGUGUUGUCCUUUGUCUUAGUUACAAGGGCAAAGGCGAGCGGAGUAUUCAAGACGUUCACAACUUCGUCUUCCGCAUGCCGGUCCUGGAGUACAGAAACAAGACAUGGUCAAAUCUAGACCUCGCCCUCCGCCUCAAGAAAGACGUAAUCCGCGCUCUUAUUUCGCACACAGGUGCCAUCAUCGGUAAUAAAUUCGCCCAUCCUCGACCAAGUAAGACCCAACGAAAUAGACUACACGACUUUGCAUUUACGCCUUCGCUACUCUCGAGCAGCCAAUCUAUCAACACUGGUGGACCAGGCAGUGAAACAAGCAGUCUCUACGGUCGAAGCACAAUCACUGAUCCCAGAUCAUCUCUGCAAUCCUACCCUCGCAGUGAACUCAGCAGGACAAGUUCUUUCGCGUCUAGCCUACGAGAGCAGUCUUUACAACGUCCACUAGAUAGACCGAGUUCUUUUCACGAGCUUCCACCUGAGGAGGACUCCAAUCCGUUGAAAAAUCUGCGAAAGAGUAUGACCAGACGGUUUACAGCGGAAACAGCGAAAGGAAAGGAUAUAAGUGGUGGAGAGGAGGACAGUGAAGAGAGCAACCGCAAGAAAAGCGUCCUUUUACUCGGGAAGAAAAUUCUAGGAGGACUUAACCAGCCCUAA